AUGAUUACAAAGGAGGUAUUUGAGCUCCAGAUCCGGGAAACUCUUCUACCAGCACUCCGACGCUGGUCUUUAUGCCAGAAGGUAUCAUUAUCGGAUGAUAAGGCAGUAGUCACCGCUGUCGUUAAACACCUGUCACUUCCUUACUACACGCUCGAAAUACAAGUAGAAUACUCAAAUAUCUAUCAAGAACCCCAGCUAAUUUUCAAGGUCUGGAAAGUCCAAGUUGAACAAGAUAUAGAAGUCAAGCAGGUGUACUUCCCGCCCGACUUGUCUCGGUUGCUGAAUUUACAAGAUUUUGUCAUACGCCUCGAUUAUUUACAUAAUUUGAACAGAGACCUAUGGUAUAGCGUCCACGGUUGUGACACUAAUAGUAUAGUGGGCUCUCAACUGGAGCACUAUCUUGAACGCUGGGCUUCCAUUUAUUUGACGAUCUUCGACCCUGAAUUUUCUCGGGUUUUUAUAGAUUGA